CAAAGAUAUCAGUUUAGCUCCAGUUCUGUCAGUGUUUUUGAGCCAAGAAGUAACGAUUGGUGUUUCAAAAUGAAGCAUUUAGUUAUUGUUUUAUUAGCCGUUUUGGCCUACUUCGCCUGCAACAGUUCAGCCAGUAAUUCCACUUGGGGUCAUAUCGGUCCAUAUGAUCCUAUCCUGGAUCACGCUAUAGUUGUGAAAAAGGGGAAGUGGUUGCGGAUCGUUACUAAGGAUUAUGAUUACCCCAAGAAGGGAGGCUACAAUUAUAAGAAUAUCACUGGAAUUCGUGUUAUUGAUCAGUAUACAAAUGGGAAUGGAGGAAUGGCUACUCUGUUGAAGGGUGGACCAGGCUUUAGAAAUGUUACAAUUCACUUAAAAUCUCAGAGGAGUCAUGGUUUUAAUUUCAUCGUAGAUAUUUAUGGUAGACAUUAAUCUUGUAAAAAUUUUAAAUAAUAUUAAGGCAAUAAUAAUAGUUUUUCA